AGCAGCCAGGCUGCCGGAGAGCAGAUCUCGGGGAUUCGGGUGCGGAGCCCUUGGCCUGGAGGCGAUAUGGGUGGUCCGUGGCCCGGUUCAGUCGCUCGCAACAGCCCGGGGAACAGGCCUGUCUGGCCCUGAGGGAGUCCCCUUUCUGAAGCUGUGGUGCUCGGAAGACCUGCUCUCUACGUUGCCGGGCACCUGUAGGUGUCCCUCGAGAGCUCAGUUUUGAGGUUCAAGUCAGUGUGGCCAUGAAGGGGCUGCCUAUUGGGCUGAUGCUGUGACCCCGGAGUCUGCCUUUCCUGCCAGUCCCCCGGCCCGGAACAUGUGGCUGCGGCUUGGCCUGCCCUCGCUGUCCCUGAGCCCCAAGCCCACAGUUGGCCGGAGCCUGUGCCUCACCCUGUGGUUCCUGAGCUUGGUGCUGAGGGCCAGUACCCAGGCCCCAGCACCCACAGUCAAUACUCACUUUGGGAAGCUAAGGGGUGCCCGGGUACCAUUGCCCAGUGAGAUCCUGGGGCCUGUGGACCAAUACCUUGGGGUGCCCUACGCAGCCCCCCCCAUCGGCGAAAAACGUUUCCUGCCCCCUGAACCACCCCCAUCCUGGUCGGGCAUCCGGAACGCCACACACUUUCCCCCAGUGUGCCCCCAGAACAUCCACACAGCUGUGCCCGAAGUCAUGCUCCCUGUCUGGUUCACGGCCAACUUGGAUAUCGUCGCUACUUACAUUCAGGAGCCCAACGAAGACUGCCUCUACCUGAACGUCUAUGUGCCCACGGAGGAUGUAAAGCGGAUUUCCAAGGAAUGCGCCCGAAAGCCCAACAAGAAAAUUUGUAGGAAAGGAGGAUCCGGCGCUAAGAAACAGGGCGAGGACUUAGCGGAUAAUGACGGGGAUGAAGAUGAAGACAUCCGGGACAGUGGCGCUAAGCCUGUCAUGGUCUACAUCCAUGGAGGCUCUUACAUGGAAGGGACAGGCAACAUGAUUGACGGCAGCGUCCUGGCCAGUUAUGGCAACGUCAUCGUCAUCACCCUCAACUAUCGGGUUGGAGUGCUAGGUUUCCUGAGCACUGGCGAUCAGGCUGCCAAGGGCAACUAUGGGCUCCUUGACCAAAUCCAGGCCCUCCGCUGGGUGAGCGAGAAUAUUGCCUUCUUCGGUGGUGAUCCCCGCCGUAUCACCGUCUUUGGCUCGGGCAUUGGCGCGUCCUGUGUCAGCCUCCUCACGCUGUCGCAUCACUCUGAGGGGCUUUUCCAGAGGGCCAUCAUCCAAAGUGGUUCUGCUCUGUCCAGCUGGGCUGUGAACUACCAACCAGUGAAGUACACCAGCCUGCUGGCAGACAAGGUAGGCUGUAACGUGCUAGACACCGUCGACAUGGUGGACUGUCUUCGGCAAAAGAGUGCCAAGGAGCUGGUAGAGCAGGACAUCCAGCCUGCCCGCUACCAUGUGGCCUUUGGCCCCGUGAUUGACGGUGAUGUCAUUCCUGAUGACCCGGAGAUUCUCAUGGAACAGGGCGAGUUCCUCAACUAUGACAUCAUGCUAGGCGUCAACCAGGGUGAGGGGCUCAAGUUUGUGGAAGGGGUGGUGGACCCUGAAGAUGGUGUCUCUGGCACUGACUUUGAUUACUCAGUCUCCAACUUUGUGGACAAUCUGUAUGGCUAUCCUGAGGGUAAGGACACCCUGCGGGAGACCAUCAAGUUCAUGUACACAGACUGGGCAGACCGUGACAAUCCUGAGACCCGCCGUAAAACACUGGUGGCACUCUUCACUGACCACCAGUGGGUGGAGCCCUCAGUGGUGACAGCUGAUCUGCACGCCCGCUAUGGCUCGCCUACCUACUUCUACGCCUUCUACCAUCACUGCCAGAGCCUCAUGAAGCCUGCUUGGUCAGACGCAGCUCAUGGGGAUGAAGUACCCUACGUUUUCGGUGUCCCUAUGGUAGGCCCCACUGACCUUUUCCCCUGCAACUUCUCCAAGAAUGACGUUAUGCUCAGUGCUGUCGUCAUGACCUACUGGACCAACUUUGCCAAGACCGGGGAUCCCAACAAGCCGGUCCCCCAGGACACCAAGUUCAUUCACACCAAGGCCAACCGCUUUGAGGAAGUGGCCUGGUCCAAAUACAAUCCCCGAGACCAGCUCUACCUUCACAUCGGCCUGAAGCCAAGGGUCCGCGAUCAUUACCGUGCCACUAAGGUGGCCUUUUGGAAACACCUGGUGCCCCACCUAUACAACCUGCAUGACAUGUUCCACUACACGUCCACAACCACCAAAGUGCCACCCCCGGAUACCACCCACAGCUCCCACAUCACCCGCAGGCCCAAUGGCAAGACCUGGAGCACCAAACGACCAGCCAUCUCACCUGCCUACAGCAAUGAGAAUGCCCAAGGGUCCUGGAACGGGGACCAGGAUGCAGGGCCGCUCCUGGUGGAGAACCCUCGUGACUACUCCACUGAAUUAAGCGUCACCAUCGCCGUGGGGGCCUCCCUCCUCUUCCUUAAUGUCCUGGCCUUCGCUGCCCUCUACUAUCGGAAGGACAAGCGGCGUCAGGAGCCCCUGCGGCAGCCCAGCCCUCAGAGGGGAGCCGGGGCUCCUGAAUUGGGAGCUGCUCCCGAGGAGGAGCUGGCAGCACUGCAGCUGGGCCCCACCCACCACGAGUGUGAGGCGGGUCCCCCCCAUGACACCCUGCGCCUCACUGCACUGCCCGACUACACGCUGACCCUGCGGCGCUCCCCUGAUGACAUCCCACUCAUGACCCCCAACACUAUCACUAUGAUCCCCAACUCCCUGGUGGGGCUGCAGACAUUGCACCCCUAUAACACCUUUGCCGCAGGGUUCAACAGUACCGGGCUGCCCCACUCACACUCCACCACCCGGGUAUAGCUGCAGCCCAGAGCACAGCAUAUAUCCCGGCUCUGUCCCUCCCGGAUCCACGAACACACACACACACACACACACACACACACACACACACACACACAUACACACACACACACACAGACAUAUAUGUAUACGCACGCACCCACACCCGACAGCAGACCCACCUGCACAAACAUAGACAGAUGUGGGCAUGCACCCGCAUGUGCAACAACACAAAUAAGGAAGUAAACCUGAACAAACCCUUCAAGUGGGGACGCAAACAAGUCCUUGGGGAACUGAGGACCCGUGGAACAGCAGCUGAAGCCGGCUCCCCGAGCCUGACCACAGACACUACUGGGGAGCCUGAAGCACCAGCUGGACACCCCCUUGGUGCUCGCCUUCCACCUCUCUUGGAACUGCACCACCGACCAACUCCAGACUUGGGAGCUUUAAAGAGCAGAGUAGCUCUUUCUCCCCCAGACUUGGUCUUUUUUCUGGGUCUUGUUUUUGUUGAUUUUUAAAAAAAAUUUUGGAACAAACGCUUCUCCAACCGAUGGGUGCAAAGAAGCUCCGGAAGGGAGGGCUCCAGGCCCAGGUCUCUCUGGCUCUGGAACUCCCAGUGCUCACACAAUCCGACCAAGGAACAUGGCCCCCAAGAAACAGGUUCCAGCAAAACCAUGGGGAGAAGGAGGAAGGGGCUCUCACUGGAUGGGGUUGGAGGGCCUUAGGGGGCAACUUGCCAGCCACCUCUGUAUCUCUGCGGAGGGCUGCAGAGACCACAGGGUGACCUGCGUCCCCCAGAGGCCAGGAGCAUCGGCCUAGCUAGACCAGGCAGGGGACUGCAAAUUUGGUGAAGGAGGUUUUGUGGAGGCCAUGUGAUUAUCGGUGCCCUGGGUACAAUCUGGGUUCUGCCUCUGCCCUUGGGGUAAUGCUAUCAGAAGUUCGCCCCAUUUUCUUUACAGAGUCUCUUUUGUGUCUGUCAUUUCUCUUUCAAAAAGGUGGUGUUUUUUGUUGUUGUUGGCUUUUUUUUUUUUUUAAAGAAAAGUUCUUAAAACACUAACGGAAACCCACGGAGUUUGUCCUUUGUAAAAAUUUUAAA